ACCUAGGGCGCAAAAAUCUCCCCGGGACCAAGGGACGCGCACGGGAACGGCGCCUCAUCGCUUUUUCUCUUCUCCCUUCUCUUUUUCUAGGGUUUCGUUUGCGACCUCCGGGCUGAUCUCUAUCGAUUUGAAGGGUUUCGCUCGGAUCGAGUUCCUUGGGCCAUGAUCGUCGAUCUCGGCUUCUCAGGUCUCCCUUCCUCCGUCGUUCUUUGCUCGUUCUCGCACGUUUCGGAGCUCGCCGUGUUAUUCUCUCGGUGAUAUCCGAUAACGAGCUCGCAAUGGAGGGUGAUCCGGCCACCGCCGCGGCCGAUCUGGCCUUCGUCGAGGUGGAAGACCCCGAAGAAGAACCUAGGGUUUCCGACGAAAGCGCCGCUGGAGCGGAGAUCGAUCCGUCGGUGGAACGGAUUUCGGACAACGCAACGGCCGAUCUAUCUCCGGGAGAUGCCAAGAUGGAUGUGGAGGCAGCUAGGGUCUCUGAAUCCGACUCUGCCAUGGAUGGUUCUCUGCCUGUGGAUGCCGGAAUCGAGCGAUUGUUGCCGGUACAGGAGAAAACUUUGGUAUUGAAUCAUCCUGUGGCCCCGUCACAGGUGGCGGCGCCACCAGAGAUCUGGAUGCAUGGCUUCGAGGUCGGAGACAUGGUAUGGGGGAAGGUGAAAUCCCACCCAUGGUGGCCUGGGUACAUCUUCAAUGUUCAUUUCGCCCCUCCCGAUGUUCGGAGGACGAGGAAGCAGGGCCAUGCCCUCGUCGCGUUUUUCGGCGACAGCAGCUACGGUUGGUUCGUUCCGGAUGAGCUCAUCCCUUUCGAUCCAUAUUACCUAGAGAAGUCAAAGCAAACGACAUCGAGGAAUUUCGUCAAAUCUGUUGAUGAGGCUGAGGACGAGGUGAGUCGGAGAGCAGCUCUGGGUCUGACUUGUUGCUGUCGAAAUGCAAAGAACUUCAGGUAUUUUGGUUUUCCUGGGUAUGUCCGUGUUGAUGUGCCGGGCUAUGAGCGAGGGGCGGACUAUUCUAUGAAACAGAUUCAGGUUGCCCGAGACAGCUUCGUUCCUGAAGAUGCGCUGUCCUUUCUGCAGCAGUUGGCGUUGGCCCCUCUAAGCGAGGAGCCUGUGGGUAUCGAUUUCAUCAGGAGCAAGGCAAGGUUGGUAGCUUACAGGAAGGCGGUGUAUGAAGAGUACGACGAGACUUAUCCGCAAGCCUUCGGAGUAGAGCCAGUGCGGCCAUCGCCAACUGAUACAGAAACACCGGAUCAGUCUGAUUACUUUGCGCCCAGAGCCAUCCCACUUAGUGGUCAGCUGAGGAUUGCGGAAACCUUAGGCGAGAGGAGGGUCUCCUCCUCCCGUCCUGCGAGUAAAGCUCCCAAGGUCCCCUCUUCGUCAUCAAAGAAGAACAAGUACGUCCUAAAGCGAAGAGAAGAACGAGGAGAGCAGCGUGCGAGCCCCAUCGGAGGCCCCUUCGGGCCUUCUCCAUUGCCCGACCUCCGUUCACCCCCUGCUCAAGCUCACGGGACGCCGCCGCCACUGGUUCACUACGUCAACACCCCCCAGGCUAGCAACUUUGUACCACAGAAGAGGCCUCAGAUAAUGUUUGAAGGUGCGUUGGUGUCGUCGGUGCAGAAGGAAACGAAGUCGGUGGCUGGACAUAAUGAUGUGCAGCAAGCUUAUGCUGGUGGCUCCCCUGUGGGCACAACACCCAGCUUGCAGACCCAAGCUUUUGAUGAACGGAGGCUGAAGAACGGACCAUCGAUGACUGAUGGAAGAAUGGAGACCGAACCUGGACAACUCGAUGAUCGCAGUAACAACUUGAGACAGGAGGCGAAAUCUGCAGUUGAUUUGCCAGCAGAGGAGGGCAUGAAGGCCCAAGCUGUGCCAGCUGUGGAUCGAGUGAUGAAGAAGGACAAGGUUCGUAAGCGCCCAAGGGAGGAUGGUGGUUCUGUUGGACCUGAUGACACUGGGGACAUCAAGAAGAAGAAGAAGAAGAAAAAUAAAAUCCUUAAUAUCGAAGCUGUGUCCUUUAAAGAUGGAGGAGAAUCUCGUGGGAAGGUAGCAGGCAAGUCAUUGGGUAAUGAGCUUGGACAUGGAGAGGUUGGCCGAACCGAGUCACAGAGGAGAGAUGAUGGAGUUGCAAGAACUUCAGAUCGCACCAGUGCUUCUGCACCACAACCUGGAGUGGAUCUGGGUUCUCUCAGUCUGGAGUUUCCACAGAUAUUGAAUGACCUACGAGAACUAGCACUGGAUCCUUUUUAUGAAAUGGAUCGCGAUGCUCCGAAUAUUGCCCUUCAAGUAUUCUGCAAGUUCCGGAUACAGGUGUACCAGAAGUCGGUCGUCCCAGCAGCAAGCGAGCCUGACAUGGCCGAGCUCCGAUCCCCUAGAGUGUCUGCUGGUCUAUCACUGCAGAAGCCUGGUGCUGGAAAUGCGGACAUGGCCUCUACGAAGGAAGCAAAGGAUCAGAGAGGGCCUUCAUCGUCUGCCUUGAAGCCAUCGAAACCUGGAAUGAAGCCCGACGAUCCGGCCAAAGCUGGCCGCAAACGGGCCCCAUCUGACCGGCAGGAAGAGUUGAAUGCAAAGAAGGUGAAGAAAAUGAAUCAACUCAAGGCAUUGGGUGCCGAGAAGAAGGCUGGAAUCCACGAGAAGAUGCCAGAGCCGCAUCAGCGAAACCAAAAGGAAUCAAACACGGUAACAACUUCAGCAGCUUCAGCAAAGCCUAACAAUAAGGCGGCGGCAGAGCCUUUCAAGAAGCAAGAGCCCCCACCUCCACCUCCGACAUUCUCUCCAACAGCUUUGGUGUUGAAAUUUCCGCCGAGAACGACACUUCCAUCGGUUGCAACUCUCAAGGCAAAGUUUGCCCGGUUUGGAUCGCUGAUUGAAGGGGCCACGCGUGUAUACUGGAAGUCUUAUUCGUGCAAGGUGGUCUUCAAGCACAAGCCCGAUGCACAAGCUGCCAUCAAUUAUGCCAGGAAAUAUGAUCUCCUCUUUGGUCAGUUUAAAGUUCAGUAUCAUAUCCGUGAGCUCGAUCCCUCUACGCUCGAACCACUGUCUGAUACCGGGAGGCUGCGGCCAACGGAAUCGCGUCCCAAUGAUGGCCCGAGCAGGCUUGGAAAUGGUGGCAAUGGGAAUGGUGGUUCUCUGCCUCAGCCGCGGGCUUUACCAUAUCAGCAGCAACGAGGGGCACCGGCAGGACAGCUGAAAUCUAUCUUAAAGAAACCUGGUGACGAGGGCGGUCCAUCUGCGGGCAAUGCUGCAAGAGAGGCUCCGCAGCGAGUAACAUUCUUACUUGAUGGUGACAAUAGGGCGGCGCCACCUGUGGUGGCUGCUGGUAGCGAUGGCAGUGCCGGGAGUUACGCAGCUGGACCCUCUUCUUCUAGCUAUUCUUCUCUGCCCACCUCUUCUAGCUUAACGGCUGGGCCCUCAUCAUCGAUUCCUCCAUUGGAUUCUAUUACUAGUAGGAAUCCAAGAUCAGCUGGUGGCUUUCUUCCUCAGCCGCCACCACCGAUGUUACAUUCCCCUCUUUCAAACCCUCCUCGUACCUUGGACGUGCAACAUCUUCCACCGCCUCCACCGCUCCCACAAUCCAUUUCACUUCCACCUCCACUUCGUGUCGGUGAUAGCCUGCUUCCGCUGCCUCCACCGCUCCCUCACAUGGCCGAUAGGCUUGAAGCUCGUGGGUCUGGGCAGGCCUGGUUGAACCAGCCCCAGCCACAGCAUAAUGGGCAGCAAGAAGCGGAGGGGGAUUUUCGGAACCAGAUGCUAACCCUUCUGAUAAGGUGCAGGGACAUCGUGACCCAUGUGAACUCUUCCCUGGGCUAUGUUCCGUACCACCCCCUGUAGGAGUCUUUGAUGUUGAAAUCCGACAGCGUCCUUCCAUGCAUUGUGGAGUGGCGGACGGAUCCCCUUCCGACAAACAUAGCAGGUCUCUCAGGCGACAUGGUUAGGAGAUGGUAGUGUAGCUGUUAGUGUUUGUUGAACGUGUGUUGCUUCCAAGUUGGGAAUUACCAGUGUUGUAUGGAUGUUAGACAUCUAUGGUUAUGGCUAUCUACUGUUUGUUUUAAAUUGCGAGGAUGUGGAUGGCCUUUUCCUUUUAACUGCAGAGUUUUUUUUUUCC